UCAGUGGACAUUUUCUGAAUCGGUGAACUCAUAAUAAAAGGACGAGCAGGCGCAUUAAGCUAAAUAUUGGGAAACGCAAACACUUUUCUUCAAGUUAUGCAAACCACACCUCACUAAAAACUCCAACCUCUUCCGUUUACGUCACAUUGGCGGGAAAGCAAUGAAACUUCACGCAGAAUUCUACUGGAGCUUUAAAAACAUCUGAAAUCGUGUAAACUGCUAUCUACCUAAAGGCUGUUCUUUUGCUGCUGCUGCAUUACUCAACAAUGGCGACGUCUUCUUUCUCAAGGGGUUGCUUCGUUUUUAAACCCAGUGCAAAGAAGAGGAAGAAGACGACAACUGUUGAUCUUGAGGGUCAUUUCACUGACGGUUGUGAAGGUGCCGAGAACAGCAAAACGCGCUUCAAACUUUGUUUGGAUCUGUGGAACAAAAUCAAAACGGAAACAGAGGAUCUGCAGGAUGAGCUCAACAGAAACAUUUUGGACAGCUUGCUGGAGUUCACCAGGAAGUGCUCCUCCACCCGUCGUCACGGCAACUGGGCUUCCCAGAUGAGGGCCAGUGAGAUCCCCACGGCCGCGCUCGUCCUGGGUGUGAACGUUCCCGAUCACGACAUGACGUUCCAGAGUUUGUCGGAGCUGCUCAGUUGUUCUGUCACGCCUCAUGUUGCGUCUUUACAGGCCAAAGAGUGUGGAGCUUUGAAACAUCUGAUGAAAAGAGUCCUUGAGCAACUGAUGGAUACUGUUGUGGAUGAAGAAGAAGAGGAGGAGGUCCAGCAUAGCGGUGCUCCGCUCCAUAAGAGCAUUCACUGCUCUCUAAAAGCUCUCUGUGAUUGGUACUGCUCCAAAACAAAGAAAUCCAGCUGCAGUUCUUCUGGAAAGAAGUGCAGCUCCUCCGCUGUUGAUGAACAGCAGCAGCCUCCUGUUGUGAUCAUUUUCAAAGAUUUGGAAGCUUUUAACCCAAAGGUUCUGCAGGACUUCAUACUCAUCUGCAGUCGAUAUCUGGAUCGUUUGCCGCUGAUGUUCAUCUUCGGCGUCGCCACGUCGCCCAGCACCGUCCAGCGCUUACUGCCUCACUCCGUGUCCUCGCUGCUCUGCAUCGAGCUCUUCCAGUCUCUGUCCUGCACUCAGCACCUCACCACCGUCAUCGACAAGCUCAUCCUGACUCCCUCCUUUCCUUUCAAACUCAACGGGAAAGUGAUGCAAGUUCUGGUCAGCAUCUUCCUCUACCAUGAUUUCUCAGUCAGAAACUUCAUAAAGGGUCUCCAGCUGGCCCUGUUGGAGCAUUUCCACUCCCAGCCUCUCAGCUCGCUGUGCUGCAGGAAGAAGGAAGCUCAGAUUCAGCUGCAGCAGCUCGGCGCUGCAGACCUGGAGAGGAUCAGGCAGCUUCCGUCGUUCCACAGGUUUCUGAAGGAGCAAGAGCAACAGGAUCAGGACAACCUCCGGACAGACGACGCUUAUUUAAAGGAGGUGUGUCAGAAACUGCUGAAGGGUCUUCAUAAGUACCACAAGAACUAUUACCCCGUCCUGCGCUGCCUCCACACUCUGACCUCCUCGUUGCCCCGCUAUCCUCUGGGCAAACAGAUUAGAGAGCUUCAUUUGAUUUGUCUGGAGAAGAACGUGUGGGAGAGUGAGGAUUACCAGUCGGCCAUGAAACUUUUAAAGAUGCUGGCGAAAGAGGAGCUGAUUUCUUUGCUUCAGAAGUGUGCAGAGGUUCUGCAGCCGCUCAAGUCAAAGAAGAUGAAGAACGCUCUCGUCCAGCUGGAGGAGCUCCUUGAUAAACUUAAGCAGCUGAACGCUGCUGCUGAAUCGGCCCCCAGCGGGGAGGAGAACCUCACCUCUCCAGUGAAGAACCUUCAGAAGAAAACGGAUCUGUUCCAGCUGCAGAAGACGCUGCUGGAGAUGAACCAGUCUCGUAGGUCCAAGAGGAUGAGUCCCUUCGAGGUUCUCCGGAACGAAGCCGUGGAGUUUGUCGACAGUUUAGUGAAGAAUCAUCUGUCGCCGCCGGAGUCCAAGCCGCUGUACGAAGUUUGUUACUACAGUUCAUCGGCCACCGUGAGGCGCCACCUCAACGCCACGCCUCGAACCUCCAUCCAGGCUGCGCUCAGCAGCCCCCACUGCUACAUCCAGAACGACAGCUUGGCGUCGGAGGACGGCUCUGUGUCCAACGCUGCUCCUGAUAUCUGCAUCGCACACAAGCUGCACCUGGAGAGCGGCCGGCUGAUCAACCUGUACGACUGGCUGGAAGCCUACUCUACUGUUGUUUCUGCUGCAGAGGGCGACGGUUCUGAUCCAGAUGGGUUUGGAAAAGUGGAUGAAGUCAAACACGCUCGUUUCAUCCGUGCCGUGUCGGAGAUGGAGUUUCUUGGUUUCAUCAAAGCAACCAAGAAGAAGACGGAUCAUGUGGCCCGGCUCACCUGGGGAGGAUGCUAAACAAACCAACGGAAAACUUCCCGCUCUUUUUGUUCUCACAACCAAUUUGGGUCAAAUUCUUUCUAAUAAAAGGCACAUAUUUAUUUUUCA